UUCUCUGCCUGGCUUUUGAUCUCCUCUGUGAGCACUCAAGGGAGGCCUGACCAGGGAUGGAUUAUUGACCUGAGCAAAGCUAUGUAUCUGGAUUACCUUUGGUGUGGUACCUUUAAGCAAGAGGGAUGACUCAGGUGCCUGCUGACUACCAGUCCACCACCAGCUCCUACAACUAUGAUCAGCCCCUUCCCUCCGUGGCUCGGACAAGCACUGUCACCCAGGUACCCCCGGCCAAAAAAAUAACCUUCUUCAAAAGCGGGGAUCCUCAGUUUGGGGGAGUGAAGAUGGCCAUCAACCAGCGAAGUUUCAAGAGCUUCAACGCACUCAUGGAUGACCUCUCUCAUCGGGUCCCACUGCCAUUUGGGGUACGAACCAUCACCACCCCCCGAGGAAUACAUUGCAUUAGUGAGCUGGACCAGCUGGAGGAUGGAGGAUGCUACCUUUGCUCCGACAAGAAAUACGUCAAGCCUAUUAGCAUAACUUCUGCUGGACACAGGCCAGGCCCUCCUCGAAACAGUCGUCCAUCCAGUACCUUGAGAAGAGCAGCUCAGGAGGGCAGGUUUGAAGAUUAUUCCACACCUUUCACUCAGCAUGGCCCCAGAAUACCCAAGAAAAUCACUCUUGUUAAGAAUGGAGAAACCAGUUUUCGGCGCUCAAUUAUCUUGAACCGCAGAAAUGCUAGGAGUUUCAAAACACUCCUCGAUGAGAUUUCAGAGAUCCUGCAAUUCCCAGUGAAGAAGCUCUACACUGUUGAUGGGAAGAAGAUCGACAGCAUGCAGGCUCUGCUUCACUGCCCCAGCGUGCUAGUGUGCGUCGGCCGGGAGCCAUUUAAGCCUGUGUCGAUGGAGAAUUUGAGGAAACACUCGGUGGAGAAGCUGCCCGACCUGGCUCCCCGCUCCAACAGCAACAAUGUCAAUGAAAACAAUGAAAUGAACUUUGGAUUGAAAGCCAAAAAGAGCGUCAUCCAUCCACGAUCAGCAUCAAGCAAUAGGUCAAUGAGAUUUUCUUUAUCAUCAGAAAAGUCAUAUCCAAAUGGUCUUGCUGCCUCACCAGAUACUGGUGCGCCUUUCUCAAACAAUUGUUCACAUCCAAAUCCUGGAGAGCUGGUCCAUUCCUUGGUCAAUGAUGACAUAGAGAAACGGGUACAUGUCAACAAGGAUGGUAGCCUGUCUGUUGAGAUGAAAGUCCGCUUCCGCUUGCUAAAUGAUGAGACUUUGCAAUGGUCCACCCAAAUCAGAAAGUCAAAUUUAAUGAACGAGAUGCCUUGUGAAGAGUCAGGUGUAGAGGACAGUGGAGUAGACCCUAUACAGAAAAUGAACCCGGAAGCCAGCUCGGAGGCAGAUGAUUCAUUAUACCCCUGUGAUGUUGAUUCUUACAUGUCAAAACUUGAAGAAUCAGAAUGUGAUGAGGCUCAUUGUCAUAGCUGUGGCAAGAAACACCAGGACUAUGACAUUUGGAAAAACCCCAUGCACACUUCCCAGAGGGAAGAGCCCAGUGUACGGAGCACCUGGCACACACGGUCGUCAUGCUCCAGCACAUCUUCCCGGAGGAGAGUAAUCCACAAAAAAAAGGCUUCUGUGGAUAGUCUCCGCACCACAUCUAGUGAAGAAUUCUCUGAGCACAUUGUGCAAGAGUCCUCAUCCUACUCAGAGACUAUAGAGAACAGAGUGGCGUAUCGAUCUAUUAGAAAGUGUACUUGUAGAAGUGACUUGUCUACAGGUGCUUCCAAUGGAGAAGACCAGCAAGAGUACACCCGGACAAGCACAAGCAAUAGUCAGAGGCCUUCAUCUGUGGGCUUGGUAUCACAUUCAAGCUGUGAAAAUAACCUGGAUACUCAAGAAGGCCCUGAAGACUAUGAGGCCAGUAAAACCAGCUCACAAAAGGAAGAUGAAAAUUGUUUUGAAGUUUCCUCUGUGAAGUGCUUAAAGCAUGAUACAGAGGAGGUUGAAAGCAGCAGAGCUGGGAGUGUCAUAUCAAAGUCAUCUCUGCAGUCCAGACAGAGCAAGAAUAUAUGUGAGGAAACAAGUAGCGUGGGUAGGACUAUGUCUUCCUCCAGCCUUCAGAAGGCAAAUCAAGAAGAUAACACUAUGUGCUCCACUCCUGCCAACAGUGUGCACAGCAGGUCUACUAACUGUAGCACACCAAGAGCAAAGAGUGAACAGGAUGACCACUCAGAAGACAACGCAGUGGCCUCCUCCUUCUCCAGAAAAGACAAAUGCUUGUUGACACAGAUAUCCCAGGAAAGUGAUGACAGAUGCUCACAAUCAAACAUCUCUCAAUCUUCAAAAUCGAGGCAGAUUAAAACUAGAAAUCUUCAUGUGAAGACGUCAAAUUCCAGCAGAGUUUCACUGUCAGAGACUGUGUCAAUAUGCAGUAUGCAUUGCCCUGCCCCACCAAGAGGGAAGCCAAACAGCAAAAAAAUACGAUCAGCCAUCUUGAAGAACUCCUCCAUUAGCAGCAUUGGUACCGAGUCAGUGCUUACCACAGGAAGACAACAGAAAGAAAUUGCAGAUUCCUCCAAACCGACUUCCUUUGGAUCUAGGUCUGUUGCAACUGAGGCAAACGAUCAGAAGAAUGAAGAGCUUGGUGAUUCUUGUAAUGGAAAAGUGGAGGAAGUGUUAGAAGACACAGGAAUGCAGGAGGAAUGGAGUGAUUUAAUGCCAUCUAUUUUGCCAAAUACAUCUCCAGAAGAAGUUGUGCAAGAAUGGCUAAGUAAAAUACCUUCAGAAACAUUGCUUAUGAAAUAUGAAAUGGAGGAUGGUGCAGAAGAGGAAUGCAUGGAAGCAGCCACUGAGGUGUCAUACUGCACCAAUGCCGAGGAAAUCUCAGAGGAUGAAAAAGCUGAAAAAAAGAAUGUGGAGGAAGCUGAAAACGAAACAGUGGAUGAAGUGGAGAAAGAGACAGCAGAAGUCACAGCUGUUAAUGAAGGUGCUGAAGAGUGUGUGAAUCAGGAACAAAUCGCCGAGAUGUUGUCCGAAGCUGCCAAGGCCGACCAAGCAGAAUGCAGCCGGUCAGUUGCAUCCAGCCAAAACAACUGCAGAAGAGACCUGCCAGUCUCUGUCCAGACUUCUGUCCAGAUCAUGAAGGCCUUGCUCAGUUCAAAACAUGAAGCAAAAUUUGACCGAUCAAACAGCUUGCCUGAAGUGUCCCCCACCAUGGGGAGAAAGCUGAGUAAUUCUGCCAACAUCUUGAUUACUUGUCUUGCCAGUCUCCAACUCCUUGAUGAAGAGUCAGAAGAUCCAUCAAAUAAAUCAAAAUGUUUAAAUAAGCCCAGGUAUAUGGAGCUGCUAAAUAUUUUUCAAGCCCUGUGGUUUGGACGAACAGCUGAAAAAAGUGGUACAAGCUCAGGCCUAGAGGCAAGUGAGCAGGAAAAGAUAGCUUGUGGGUUUAAAGCCCCCAAAUCUGUAGAUGAUGACUUCACUCCCAUGUCCUCCUCUGGAGUGGAUGUUAGCAGUGGUUCCGGUGGAUCGGGAGAAGAGAGUACAGCCGGUGCCAGGGACUGCAAUUUAUUGAUACAGAAAACUCUUGAAUUAAAAUCAGAUGAGCAAGUGGACAAUGUAGAGACUGCCACUGAACAGAUAGAGGCUGAGGAGCAGAGUAAACAGGAAGAACAUUCAUCUCGACCUUCAACAGCUUGCUCAAAAUCAAAAGGUAAGGAAAAAGCACUAUCUACUAGAGAGGACUCCGUAACUCAGGAGGCAGAAGAGAAUGAAGAGGAUAAGUACAGUAACUGUGAAAAUGGUCAGGAAGAAGGGGGAGAAAAUGGAAACAAGGAAAAUUUCAGAUUGCUUGAAAAUAGAGAACAAGAAGUUGAAGCUGUAAAUGAAGCACUCCCUAACAAAAAUCUUGAAGAGGCAGAUGAUCUGCUAGCCACUAACAUUGGUGCAAAUGUCAGUGAUGCUGACUGUGGGACAGAACUGAAAGAUGAUUUGGAAGAACAUCUUGGAAAAGAGUCUGCAAAGGACUCAGAGUCCAAAGUCAAUAUGGCCACCAGUGUGGGCACAUCCCUUGCCCAGCAGAACUCAAUGGAUCCAGACCCAAUCUGGGUCCUGAGACUACUGAAAAAAAUUGAAAAGGAGUUCAUGGCUCACUAUGUCAAUGCUAUGAAUGAGUUCAAAAUCAGGUGGAACCUGCAGAACAACCAGCAGAUGGAUGAUAUGAUAUUGGAACUGAAGGAGGAAGUGAGCAAAAGGAUACAAAAAAGCAUAGAGAAGGAGCUGAAGAAGAUCAAAAGCAGAGCUGGGGCCAAGAUGCCAAGACCUCCAGAUGAACCACUCAGGCGUGAGUCAACACUCCAAACUGAGCAAAGGAGACGACGAUUGCAGACUAUGCACAAAAAAUCACUCUUCAGUGACAAGAAUGGAACCCAGAGUAGGCUAGCUGACACAUCAGACUUAUCGUUUGAUGCAGAUGAAGAUACAGUAUUUAGUGCAGCUUUUGAGGCCAGUAUUAGUGAACAACCAAGUGAGGAGGAAUACUGCCCAUGUGACACUUGUGUGAGGAAAAAAAUGGCUUCCAAGCCCACAAAAACCCCAGUGGUGGCUAGCAAUGCCCCCGUCAUGAAAGCAUUUGAUUUACAGCAUAUCCUGAGGGGGAAGAAAAAUGAUCCUGAGGAAGCCUGUGUCUCAGAAGCAGCCCAGGACAGCAAAGCACUUCCCAGCAGUUAUGUGGAGGAAGCAGCAGAAAACACCAGUCCAAGUGAGGAGACUGAUGAGGGUGAGCUUCAGUUAGGUGAAACAGCAGUGGAAGGGAAUGAAGAAAAGGAGGUAGUAUUAAAUGAAGAGGAUGGCUCAACGCUGAAUGAAGAUGUAGAAGAGCCAAAAUCAGAGAGUCAAAACUGUGAGAUGGAGGACGAGGUUAAGGAUGAAGAAACCAAUGAAGAAGAAAAGGGAGAAACAGAAGUGGGGGAAGAAGUGAAAGAGGAGGAAGAAGAGGAAGAAGAAGAAACAAAGGAAGAGGAGGAGAAAGAGGAGGAAGAGGAGAAAGAAGAAGCUGAAGAAGAGUCCAAAGCUGAAGAUGAAACUGACAACAAAGCUGAAGAAACACGGGAGCCAGAGGGUGAGGACAUUGGGGCUGAUGACCAGGAGGAGACAUCUGAAUGUAGAGGAGAUGCUGAUUGCAUGACUGAUGACAAUCCUGAAGGAAACGCUGCAGAAGGAAAUGAAGAAGCUGAGCAGGAUGAGGCUGAGGCAGUGGAAGAUGCAAAUUUGAACUCAGAAGAUGAGGCGUGCUCAUCUGAGGAAGAAAACAGUGAAGGUGGUGACAAAUAUGAGGAAAAUGAUGAGGAACCCGCGGGUGAUGAUAAUGACCAGGUAAACAAGAAACACCAAGAGAAUGGCAACAACAAGUCUUCUGAGAGAGCCAGAGGCAAGAAAACCAGCAAAAGGCUAAAGACUCUGAGCAAAGCAGUUGUCUUUUUCCGUUAUUCUUCUGUGGGAAAGUUCUCACAGCAAUCCCAGAAGGGGUCCGAUGAUGAAAGUGAAGAGGAAUGCAAAGAUAAUAAAAAAUCCAUGAGCGACCACCCCAAUGGAGAGGUUCAAAGUGAUGAGAGCAGCAAACCUUCAAAGAUGUAUCCUGAUAGCGAGGAGGAAGAAGAGGACAAAGCAUCAUCACACACUGAUCCUUUGGGAGAUGAGGAACAGGCAGAUGCUGAAGGUGCAGAUCCAAAUGAGGAUGAACAUACUGAUGAGGUUCAGGCUAUUAAAAAGAAAGAAGACUCUGAUGAGAUUGACCAGGAUGACCUGGACUUCUAG